AUGGAGGAUGACCUUCCUCUCAAAAGAAAGAGACUGGAGGAGGACCAACGUAUGCUGCAGCGUAUACUUGACGGAGCCGACGACCCAACGGAUCUACCAUUACAACUCUUAAAGGACAUCACGAAUGAUUUCUCUGAAGGCAGAAAAAUCGGCCAGGGUGGAUCUGGAGCGGUUUACGAGGGUGUACUAGGAGAACUGAUUAUUGCCGUGAAGAGGAUCUAUGUAAACUUAGAUAAGCUUGAUGAUGAUGACAAGCAAUUUGGUCGUGAGUUUAGUAGCUUGUGCAACAUGAAUCAUCAAAAUGUAGUCCGGUAUCUUGGCUUCUGUUCUAACAUACAUCAGAAACAGAUAAGAAACUCUGUGUCAGGAGAAAUCACCUUGGCUAACGUGAGAGAAAGAUUGUUUUGUUUCGAGUACAUCAGCAAUGGAAGCCUGGAUAAGCAUAUUACCGAUGAAUUAAGAGGCUUUGAAUGGGAAACACGUUAUGAAUUAAUCAUCGGGAUUUGCAAGGGCCUGCGUUAUCUUCAUGAGGAAAAAAGGAUGAUUCACAUGGACCUUAAACCGGAAAAUAUAUUACUUGAUAAUCAAAAUUACAAAUAUAUAGUUCCAAAAAUCACGGAUUUUGGUCUAUCAAGACCAAAUAAAAACUCGCACACUGUAGGUCAACUUUACGGAACACGUGGAUACAUGGCUCCAGAAUACAGGGAAGGUAGCAAAACUACACCUGCGUGUGAUAUAUAUAGUUUGGGUGCCAUAAUCAGGGAAUUGGUAACAGGGUGUAUGGAAGUCCCUUGCAAAGAUAAUGUACUUCGAAGGUGGAGGCAUAGGUGGGGGAAGCCACCGACAUUAUUGCAAUACCAGCAAGUGACUAGAUGCAUUGAAAUAGCAGGAUUUUGCAGGGCAGAAAAACCAGAAGCUAGACCUUCUAUAUUGAAGAUAAUCAGCUUUCUGGGUGAAUCUGAAAGCACAUAUGGCCAGGUAAUCCCUUGUUUAGAUGAAGAUGACAUGCUUCGGAUUAAUCCGCUCGAACUACGGCUGCCUUCUGAGCUGAAGAACGAGAUAUCGCACUCAAUUGAGCUAACCAACGAUACAGUUAAUUGCAUUGCCUUCAACAUCCAACCGCCAAGCGUAAAGUACAUAUCGCAACCAGUAAAAGGCACUGUGCAAUCAAAAUCCAAGUGUUAUGUGAAGAUAACAGUGCAGCCACGAGAUGCUCGUGAACAUGACGAUACUGACAAGUUCAUCGUGCAAAGCAUGAAAUGGAGCGAGGGUCUUAUAGAAGAGGAUAUCACAGAAUGCAUAUCCCGUGCAAAGGCCGAGAAAGUUGUCGAUGAGGUGGAUUUGAUGGUUGUAAAUGAGCCCACGAGGCCCCAAGAGAAUUGCAGAGCAUGCUUGGAUACGUUUUAG